CGAGUCCUAAGACAUGUUUUAAACACCCUUAUUUUCAAAUCUUGCCAAAGUCGUCAUAGGUUUGUAGACCAAAACAAAUCUCUGAGACUUCUGUAAUCUACCAUGAGACUUUGAUUCGGAGGUUUUAUUUAUCCUAGGCAAGACUACCAUGUUAAACCUCGGACCUCAUUGGUACCCUGAUAAGAGGCUGUGAGACGCCAAAAUCAUCUCCAAUAGACAGACAAAACUAGCUUUUUGCCAUAUUCACCGUUAAGAAACUUGGCCACACCUUAUCCACACACAUCUUCUGAUUCUGAUAACACCCACAUACCCAAAGCCAAAACCCUCUAAAAACCAAAAGCCAAGAAAAACCCACGUACAGUACAAGAAUCCUACAGGCUUAAGAAAGAUAGGAUUUGGAGAGAGAAAAAAAAGAGAGGAAGAUGUCAGUGGCAUCGUCAAUUCCAUGCGUCAGAAUCUCUAACCCUUCAUCAUCAUGCUCUUCUCUUCCAUCUUCCUCUUCAUCAGUUACCUGCUCCACUUCCUCUUGUGUUAGAUUUUCCAUAACUGCAAAGUCUUAUAGUGUGACCAUCAGGAGCUCUCAAGCUGAGGGGCCUAUAAGAAGACCUGUAGCCCCUCCUCUUAGAGAACCCUCUCCACCAUCACCUCCGACUCCCUUGAAGCCUGUCCCUCCUUCUCCGCCAUCUUCUCCAGUUGCUCCACCACCCAAGCCUGCUGCUCAGGUGAAAUUGGAGGACAAGAAUGUGAUCACUUUGGAGUUUCAGAGGCAAAAGGCUAAGGAGCUUCAGGAGUAUUUUAAGCAGAAGAAGCUUGAGGAGACAGAUCAGGGUCCUUUCUUUGGAUUCCUUGGGAAGAAUGAGAUUGCAAAUGGAAGAUGGGCUAUGUUUGGUUUUGCUGUUGGGAUGCUAACAGAGUACGCCACAGGAUCAGACUUUGUUGAUCAAGUAAAGAUCCUUCUUUCCAAUUUCGGAAUAAUUGAUCUAGAAUGAUUCAAAUUCUUCAUCCUCAGCGGCAUGGAUACUUUUUUUUUUUUUUUGACUUCUGUAAUUGCCUUGUCCAUCUUCAAAGCCAUAUAUACAUUCUUAGCUUGUGUAAUUGCUGUAUCAUAUCCAGUAUUCUGCAACUCCUUCAGUAAUUGGUUCCCCAAAUGCAUUAUUGAUGGAUUAUCAUAAA